UUCCCGAACCUCCCAUUACUUUAGGCCUCAAUAGGUUCGCUACCUAAUCUCCUGCUCCGAACCUCGUUUAUGUUCCGUUGCUCUUUUUCUCCACAAACCGUCGAGGAACUCUGUUUUUCGCUCUCACUCUGAAGCAACGAUGCUUUCGGCGAAAUCUGAGUCGGAUAUCACUAGCUUGGCUCCUUCGUCGCCUUCAAGGUCUCCGAAGCGGCCUGUUUACUACGUACAGAGCCCUUCAAGGGAUUCCCACGAUGGCGACAAGUCGUCCUCCAUGCAGGCCACUCCAAUCUACAACAACAGCCCAAUGGAGUCCCCUUCCCACCCGUCUUUCGGCCGCCACUCGAGGAACUCGUCGGCCAGCCGGUUCUCGGGUAUUUUCCGGUCGUCUUCCGGGAGAAAAGGAGGCAGGAAGAGGAACGACAAGGGGUGGCCUGAGUGUAAUGUGAUUUUGGAAGAAGGGUCGUACGAUGACCUUCAGGACAAGGCGUUUACAAGGCGCUGUCAGGCUUUUCUGGCUUUGUUUAGUUUUGCGUUACUCUUCACUACCUUUUGCUUGAUUAUAUGGGGGGCUAGCCGCCCUUACAAGGCAGAAAUUUCCAUGAGGAGCUUGACAGUACAUAACUUAUAUCUUGGAGAGGGUUCAGACUCCUCUGGUGUUCCAACAAAGAUGCUGACAGUGAAUGGCUCACUGAAGAUGAACAUAUACAAUCCUGCUCCAUUGUUUGGCAUUCAUGUUAGCUCCACCCCUGUCAAUCUCAUCUAUUCAGAGAUUACUGUUGCAACUGGUCAGUUGAAGAAAUAUUACCAGCCAAGGAAGAGUCACCGUAUUGUGUCAGUGAACAUGGAGGGCAAUAAGGUUCCCCUGUAUGGGGCAGGGUCAGGAAUGACAAUAGCUCCAACUGGUGGGAAAGUUCCGCUGACAUUGAACUUUCAAAUCCGGUCUCGAGGGGAUGUGGUAGGGAAGCUGGUGAGAGUAAAGCACCGAAGGCAAAUCUCUUGCCCUUUAGUCAUCGAUUCCAGUAGCACAAAACCCAUCAAGUUCAAAAAGAACUCAUGCACAUUUGAAUGAUGAUAAUUUCAUUUGUUGCAUCUCGUACUCAAAUCUAGCAGUGACAUAGUAUUUGCCGGUGAAUCUCUUCUUCCCCUUUGGUCAUCCAAUCACAUGGACUGCUGGAUUUGUAUCUGCAGGGAAGAAGAAAAAUCUGUAUCAUGGGAAACAUUGUGAGGAUUUUGCAAAUAAAUGUAUUUAUAAUGAGUGCAAAUUUGCGUGUGGUGUAAGCAAUGUAUGAUGUUGAUGCAGUUUAUGUAAUGGGUAUUAGUUUUUUAAA